AUUGAGCAUCUGACAUCCCCAGGAGCCGGCGGCGGCGGCGGCGGCGGCUUGGCAGCCCCAGGAACGCCGCCGUAUCCCGGGCCCGGCGAAGCUUCCCGCUGCGCAUUGGAAAGGACGCGCCGGCCAGAAGCGGCUGCGCAGAGCUCGACUGCGGGGAAAAUGAGUGAACAGAGUAUUUGCCAAGCCCGGGCGUCAGUCAUGGUCUAUGAUGAUACCAGUAAGAAAUGGGUGCCAAUCAAGCCUGGACAGCAGGGCUUCAGCCGAAUCAACAUCUACCACAACACUGCCAGUAACACAUUUAGAGUAGUUGGAGUUAAACUACAGGAUCAGCAGGUAGUGAUUAAUUAUUCAAUUGUGAAAGGCCUGAAGUACAAUCAGGCAACACCGACGUUCCAUCAGUGGCGUGACGCACGGCAGGUUUAUGGACUGAACUUCGCUAGUAAGGAAGAAGCAACCACGUUCUCAAAUGCAAUGCUGUUUGCUCUGAAUAUCAUGAAUUCACAGCAAGAUGGAGGUAAGAGGAUCAAUCAUCUUUGCCCUUUCCCCACUUUCUAUAUGCCUUCUCUGUUGUCACGCAUCUCUUACUGUCUGGUUUAA